CGCGCCGUUGCUUUGACAGUGUUAUAUUAACCUCCGGCAGAGUGAAGUCAUACUCUUUCUCUUCAUAAAUUUCUCUUCCACGCUUGAAAGAAAUUUACACGGAACUUUUCGUGUAAUUACCAGCGCGUGAAAGCGUUGCGAAAGUUCGCUAACCAGUGUCUUACAAGCUCGAAGGACAAAUCGGGUAAAGUUAAGAGCGGAAGAGGGAACGAUUGGAUUUUUGAACCGUUUGAAAAUUCCCAGGACACCGGUAACCGAGAUAAAACAAGUAUCUACAUCCACGACAGGCACAAGGGAAUCUUUAUUGAGACAUUCUACGAAUUUGUGCUACGUGUUGUGCGCGAUAAAGCUUAUCGUUGCCCGGCAACUUGAGACCUUUCGUGUUGGCAGAGAGCGAUCGUUUUUCUUUUUUCGAGAAAGUAACCCCUCACUCGGCAAGGGUUGCUUCUGCCGGAAGAACCGGAAGUGGCUCUAAACGAGCGAAGGGUGAACAAUGUCGACACUGCAGAUAGGCUUCCCUUGAAACUCUCCUCGUGUUCUUCAAGAUAAUAAUUUGACCAGUUGAGUCAUGCUUUGUCUUCUUGCGCACCGUCGAAAGAUGUCUUUCAUCUUAUAAAUAAUACCCACUGAAAGAAACUCUCAGACUGAAGAUGGGCAAGCUUUUGAGUCUCCUGGCUCGAGAUGAGUCUACCUGUUGCACGCCUCAAAAGUACGAUGUCUUUUUGGAUUUUGAAAAUGCACAACCUUCUGACUUGGAACGGGAGACCUUUGAAGCGGUGCAAAGGGUUCUGAAAAAUUCAGAAUCCAUCUUGGAGGAGAUUCAAUGUUACAAAGGGGCUGGGAAGGAAAUCAGAGAAGCGAUUUCGGCGCCUACGGAAGAGUGCCAACGAAAGGCUUAUCUGACCGUUGCACCUCUUGUCGCGAAGCUGAAAAGAUUUUAUGAAUUUUCAUUGGAACUCGAAAAAGUUGUACCAAAAAUCCUGGGACAACUGUGUUCAGGGAAUCUUUCUCCGACUCAGCAUCUCGAGACUCAACAAGCUUUGGUGAAACAAUUGGCGGAAAUAUUGGAAUUUGUUUUGAAGUUUGACGAACACAAGAUGAAGACACCCGCGAUUCAGAAUGAUUUUAGUUAUUAUAGAAGAACCCUGACCAGAGCAUCCCUGGCUCGCCAGGGAAAUGCUGAAAAGGACCUCAUGGUCGGGAAUGAGCUUGCCAACCGAAUGUCCUUGUUUUAUGCCCACGCAACACCCAUGCUUCGGGUUCUGAGUCACGCGACCAUUACUUUUUUGAUGGAUAAUGAAGACGUAGCACGUGAAAAUAUCACAGAAACACUUGGUACCAUGGCCAAAGUUUGCUUGCGCAUGUUAGAAAAUCCGAAUCUUUUGGCGCAAUUCCAACGAGAGGAGACUCAACUCUUUGUUCUGAGAGUGAUGGUGGGGUUAGUAAUCCUUUAUGAUCAUGUUCAUCCUCAAGGUGCCUUUGUUAAGGGUUCGAAUGUCGAUGUUAAAGGCUGUGUAAAACUACUAAAGGAACAACCACCCUGCAAAAGCGAAGGUCUACUAAACGCUCUUCGUUACACUACCAAGCAUUUGAACGAGGAGAACACACCGAAAAAUAUCAAGAACUUGCUAGCCGCAUGAUUACCAAAACAGCGCGGCUGCUGUAUCAGAAGUUGAGACAGUUGGCUGUUGAUUUCCUAUUAUCAGAGAAAUGAGCGAUACAUCCACGUUGUAGCGCCACGAGGAUGCCGAAGCAGAUAAUUCUCGCGUUUUACCGCGUGAUCCAAGUAACCUUGUUCCUGAUCGUGGCUGGGUGGUGGACCACAGAAGUGUCUUUCGUAUCGACAGAAAUAUAAAAAAGGUAAUUGUUACAAACACUCGCCUGAGGAAUCCAAAGGACAGUAACUCAAAGUGGCUAAUUUAAAGUGGCAAAAGAAAUUUUCAAAUAUUAUUUGACGUUCCUUGGGUCCUUCUCAGAAUAAAAAUAAAAAUUUAAACAUUUAUACUUUGCUAUUUGAAAAAUGGUCAUUUUGGAGUUAUUGUAUUUCGUAUCGAAUCUAUGAUAGCUGUUCGAAAACUGCCGACUUUUCAACAAACCUUCGACGAAACCAAAAAGUAGAAAGCCGAACGAGACGAUAUUUCUGUGAUUGUAAGGCAAAGUAACAUAAGUCAGAUUUUUAACUUUCAGCUUAUGCCUUAAUUAACAUUCAGAAGGCAGUAUUUGCAUUUUCUGAAAAUUGUUUUUCUUCGAAAGAGGAAUACCUACGUCGAAAAUAUGUCCAACGAAGAAGGUAAUGAAAAUCCAGAUAACAUAUAUAUUUAUAUUACAAUGAAAGUUUCAAACAUUAGAUCGCAGUACUAUGGAAAUGAAAACAUCUAACUUGUACUGUUCUGUCCUACAAUCAACAGAUUUAUCAUCAGAGGAAUUGCUGAAUUUGCUCGUACGCGAUACCUUUAUUGCCGUUACGAAAACGAGCAUUUAAACAUUAUUAUUACGGUAUUACUACUCACACCACUUUCAUUAUUAAUCAUUGCUAUGAUUGCAAUUUUUCACGUUCAUUCGAGUUAUUAUUAUCACUCAAGUAUUAUUAUCCUGGCUAACGUCACCGCGCAUUAUCACUGUAUUGUCUUCCCGGACUAAAGAGGGGAGUUAAUUACAGCAUAUCAGAAACGUAUUUAGGAUAAUUUUUAUUGUGAACGAUCGAGAGUGUCACGAGGAGAAAUUUAAUAACGUUGUAAGGUACAGUGCAAAUCUUUAGCUAUUGUUUUUCUUUGUUGAAUGAAGAGAAUUGGUUACUAACAAUCGAAUGGAUAUUGAUAAGAACCCCAAGUACUAUUUUAUCUUUACUUCGUUUUGUUAAUGUAAUUGAAUAUUUAUAUCUGUUUUAUUGUUUCGUCGUGAAUAUAAUUGAGCUCUUCCAUAAAAUGAAUUAACCCUUGAAACAUAGAUUUUGGGUUAUAGCCAUUUUGAUCUAUAAUUAAAAGAUCAUUAUAUCAAUUAUAUAAAUAAAGUGUUCGACCAUUCUUUGAGGGAGUGGUAGCUAGGAUGAUACUGAACAAGUUUCUUUAGCAAAACACACAUUAAGGCUUAGUUUUUGAAUUAUUAGUAAUAAGACCGAAAAAUUAUUAGAAUAAUUAUUUGACAAAUUUAUAUUUUGAGAAGACCGCCUAGAAUUAAGUAUUUUUAAAGUUCGAUCACAGCGCCAUCUAUACCAAAACGGCGGAAACUACUCAACAAAUUACCGACUUAUCGACUGAACUUCCGACAGUCGGUUAUCGACCGUUCGGCAGUCGGUAAGUUAACGAAUAGUUUGCGCCGCUUUUAUGUAGAUGGCGCAAUGGCAAUGGUUUGGGGUGUCGGGGACCCCGUAGCUAACGAAAAAAGUUGUUCAGCAUUAUCGCAGCUAUCACCCCCUCAAAGAAUACUCACCUGUAGCCGAGCAUCUUAUAUGCAGGUUUUAUUUAAUAUUAUAUUUUUGCACUAGCUUUACAAACUUUUUAUGUUCUGCAUAUUUUAGUUUUGUCUUAACAGAAGACUGCUUCUUCCUUUCAAUACCUUCGACGAAUAUUUUGUUUGUAUUAUCAGUUAGAAAAAUGAUCAUGCGAUGCAGUAUAAUUUUAUAGAAUGAUUUUUCUAAUAUAAAAUUCGAAUUUAUGUCGAACAGUUUUUUUUUAAUCGCACAUUUAAGAAAUCUGAAUGUAUUAUCAAUGUAGUUUUUCUUGCAUCAAGAAUUUUCCUGUUUUUCAUUGAAUAUUAUACAAUUUCAUUAUUCAAUGUUUUAUCAAUAAUUUGAACAUUUAUUUCAUUUAUUUUUCAUGACAAUUUCAUGCGAUCACGAGCUUCGAAUGCUUCGAGAAUGCUUCGAGAGAAUAAAACUCAUUCUUAGAGUUGCUUGUAAUUAAAAUACAACUCUUUUUACAUGUUUUUAAAAAAAGUAAUCAUUGUUAUCACCAAUACUGCCCAAGAUAAAAUAUAUCGAAGUAAUAAAAUUUGUACAAAUAUUUGUUAUUUCAUAUUCUACCUUGAAUUUUGUAUUUGGAAAAAUGAAAAAAGAGAAGACAAAGAACAAAACAGCUUCUACAAUAGAAGAAAUUAUUCACUAGCUGUAGAUUCGAACCUUUUUCAGUGAUAUUUAUUAUAAUUUUAUACAAUGUUGUUUUUUAUAUAAAGUUAAUUAUAGAUGAAUAUCCUUGUUUGUAAUAUAUGAUUACAUAUAUUUAAUUAAAAAUCAAUUGUACGAGCCAGAUUCAUGGCAACGAUUUUUCAUCAAAUCAUUUCUAAUAUUUUAUUCACUUCUGUAUAAAAAUUACAUUUUAGAGUUAAAGCAUUUAAUUAAUAAGACAUUGAUUUUUAAAUUAAUCGUCUUCUGUUCUGCGUGUGUUUCAACAAAUAUUUAUAGCAUGUGUAUUUUUCCUCUUUGUGCGUAAAUUUUUCGUAAUCAUACUUAUGAAUAGAAGUAAUAAAUAUUCUUUCAGUGUUGAAGAUCAAAAUUAAAUAGCACUGUCCUUUCCCAGGCAAAUCAAAAUUUGCAUGUCACAGCAAUAAAAAAGGAAGCUCAAUUUAAUGUUGAAUUAUUUUAUGUAACAAUGGUUAUACACUGGGUGUAGGAAAAUUGAAAAAAUCACAACUGGUAUUACAUUAUCAACUUUUAUAGCAAAUAUUUCCACUUAUACAUGAUUUAUAAUUUCCUUCGGACAAUCCUGUUAAGAACAAUUAAUUAUUCCAUUAAUAACAGGGAAAGGAAAAAUGUUGCACUCGAUUAACAGAUACUAAUGUUUAUUGUAAAUAAGAAAAAUGUUACUGGCAUAGUUUACGAAAAUAUAACUAAUUUUCACAAUCGCGUUAACAAUCAGAAGUAAAAGUUUAUUAGGAUUUUUGGUUUCUAUCAUUUUUAACAAUGAAAUAAUUCGUACAAAAUAAGAACAACGGAGAUGCGCAAAUAUAUCGCAAACGAACUAUAGUGUGAUGUGUCUAAAUAUCUUGAAAAAUACAAUUUUCAACGUAUAAAACGAGGUAAAUUUUGUGUAUUUGUAAGAGUACCUGUGUGUGACUGAAAAAUACGAAUACAUAUACGAAACAUAUUUUACGUACAAAGUGCAUUACAAUAUAUUUCAUUGUCGUUAAAUUUCCGUGAAUAUUAUUUUAAUCACUAUUGUUUGCCUUACCAGAAAAUAAUGAUUAGAUCUUCCUUAAAUUAUACGUGUCUUUUUAUAUAAACCUACUUUACAACGUAAUAAGAAUCAACAUUAUUUAUACUCGAUUAACAGAUAUGUUGUGUAUAAAAGAGUUUCUGUUUACGAACAUAUUUAUAUUUAAAUAACACUUAUAACCAAUAUUUUAAGAGUAUUGGACUAUAGCAUCUAUUUACAAAUAUUGUUACUUGGAGAUGAAAUUGUAGAACACCAGAAGUUAAUAAAACACAUUAUAUAAAUA